AUGCCCGCGCAAAGAACCCAAGCGAAUCGCAAUCGCGAGCCCAAACACAACCCUCUCAGCGAAGACUACUCUCCUUCAGGCCCACUCAAACCCGCAAAGGCAUCCAAAAAGCGAAAGUCUGGACAGUCGGAGGAUGGACAGGACUAUGUCAAAUCCAAGCAGUCGGCGCGUAUUCUAGGUCUGGGGAAGGAGUUGGAGGAGGAAGAUGAGAAUGAGCGAUCGAGUAAGGUGGCCAAGCCCGAAAAUCCGGAUUUCUCAUUUCGCAAGGAUUUUGGCUUGGAGAAUCUGAAGGACGAUGAGGAGGGCGACGCAGAGGCGGGAGACGACGACGACGACAAUGAAGAGGCUUGGGGCUCAGAUGAGGAGGUGGAGGAAAUUGAAGUGGACCCGAACGACCUGGACAUGUUCAACAAAUUCAACCCGUCCUUUGAUCCAGCAACACUGCUUGAACCGAAAUCCACCGGAGAUGAUGAAGCACAGGGACCAGGCACAAACCUCGCAGACUUGAUCCUAGAAAAGAUUGCCGCACACGAAGCCCAGCAACGAGGUGGACUCACACCCGCCACUGCACCACAUCAUGUCCAAGGCGGCGGCGAUCCAGAAGAUGCGGUGGAGCUGCCUGCAAAGGUUGUUGAGGUCUACACACAAGUCGGUCUCCUACUUUCACGCUAUAAGAGCGGAAAGCUCCCCAAACCAUUCAAAAUCCUGCCCACACUACCUCAAUGGGAUAUUCUCGUGGGUAUCACCCGUCCGGACUCUUGGACACCGAAUGCAACUUACGAAGCCACCAAAAUAUUCACAUCAUCCCGACCCGCUGUGGCGCAAGCUUUCUGUGCAGACAUCCUACUACCACUUGUCAGGGAAGAUAUCCGAGAGACGAAGAAAUUGAAUGUGCAUCUCUACAAAGCCUUGAAAAAGGCACUCUACAAGCCAGCUGCUUUCUUCCGUGGCUUCCUAUUUCCCCUCGCCGGCAGCGGAACAUGCACAUUGAGAGAAGCCCAAAUCAUCGGAAGUGUACUGGCAAGAGUCUCCAUCCCCGUCCUUMACUCCGCAACAGCACUGUACAGACUUUGCGAGAUCGCCGCAGAGCAAAUGAUGCACGAUGUCGAAUCGGCCGGUGCUUGCAACAUCUUCAUCCGCACAUUGCUGGAGAAGAAGUAUGCUCUACCGUUCCGUGUUGUGGACGCUCUCGUGUUCCAUUUCUUGCGGUUCCGCGCAGUGCACCAAGCAGAGGAUGGGCAAGACGUCGACAUGGAUGCGAAUACGAUUGCYGGAAAGCGAAGGGCUGCGGCGGAGAAGCUUCCUGUGUUAUGGCAUCAGUCUCUCCUGGCCUUCGCACAGAGAUACAAGAACGAGGUUACGGAGGAUCAGCGUGAAGCAUUGCUGGAUCUCUUGCUUGUCAGAGGACACAGGGAAAUUGGACCGGAAGUGCGGAGAGAGCUUCUGGAGGGACGUGGAAGGGGUGUGAUGUUAGAGCCUGUUGCGGAGGAUGCAGCAGGUGGUGAUGACACGAUGAUGGAUGCUUGA